GAGAAAUUUCAGCAAAGACAAACCGACGUUUCCAGUUUUAAAUGGCUUUUUCGUCGCGUUUGAAGUUUGUUACUCGAUUAGUUUGAAUUUAGAGCGCCUUACUCUUUUGUUUUUGUGUACAGAGUGAAUAGUUUUUGACGCUUUCACUUUGUUUUAAAUGAACAUUGGUGUUCGUUGCUUUUAGCCUCGUGAAGGAAGGGAAGGGUCUGGCUGCUACUGCUCAGCUAAAGGAAGAGCAGGAUGACAGGACUGUUACAACAGCCAGGAUACGAGGAGGAGAGGCUGCAGAGAGUCUCGGAGCUGCUGCCCUGCAGGGAAGUCCAGGCUGGGAUGUUGCUGUCUCUCAUGGGAGAGCCACAGCAGUACUGCUACCCUUCCAUCUUUAUGUUUGGUCAUCGAUCCUCAGGGAAGAGUCAUGUGAUAAAUGUUUUGUUGAAGGAGCUGGAGCUUCCUCACGCCACAGUCAGCUGUGUCGAGUGUGUUUCUGCCACAUUGCUGUUUGACAAAGUGCUGCUGUCCUUCUUUGGCAGCGACGCUGCCUCUCUGCUCCCCCGCAGUCCCUCCUUGUCUGACUUUGUACGCAUCUUCAGACAACAUUCCUCCCAGUUUCCUGCCAAGCAGACGCGAUACAUCAUAAUGGAAAAGGCUGAACUUCUGAGAGACGCUGAGGCCAACCUCCUCCCUGCUCUCCUUCGUCUUCAGGAACUGGUGGAGGACAACGUUACUGUCAUACUUCUCAGUGAAAUUGUUUGGGACACGUUCAGACCAAACACCGGCUGUUUUGAACCACUCCUGCUCUAUUUCCCUGACUACAGUAAAGGUGAGCUGCAGCAGAUUUUGUCCAAGGACAGACAUCCUUCAUAUUCAGCUGAGUUUUACUACUCCUACAUCAACAUCCUGCUGGGGGUCUUUUACUCCGUCUGUCGGGACCUCAGAGAGCUGCGACACCUGGCUGCUCUCAACUUUCCCAAGUUUUGUGAGCCUGUAGAAGCAGGAAAAGUGAAAGAGACUGACGCACACAAGCUGUGGAAAAAUAUCGAGCCUCAUCUGAAAAAGGCCAUGCAGACAGUUUACCUCCGAGAGGUGUCCAGUGUUCAGUGGGAGCAGAUGCAGCAGAUGGAGGAAGACGAGACGGGAGCCAUGAGAGGUUUGUCGGCUCACACUCACGUUGAACUUCCUUAUUAUUCCAAGUUUCUGCUGAUUGCUGCCUAUCUGGCCUCCUACAACCCUGCCCGCACAGAUAAACGCUUCUUUGUGAAGCAUCAUGGCAAAAUUAAAAAAACUAACUUUUUGAAGAAAAAUGAAAAGACAAGUAAUCACCUUCUGGGGCCGAAGCCCUUUCCUCUGGACCGUUUGCUUGCCAUUUUCUACAGCGUCGUGGACAGCAGAGUCGCUCCGACUGCCAGCAUCUUCUCCCAGAUCUCCUCCUUGGUAACUUUACAGCUGCUGGUUAAGGUCAGCCAUGAUGACCAGCUCGAUGCUCCAAAGUAUAAAUGUGCCGUUUCUCUGGACUUCAUUUCUGCCAUAUCCAGGACUGUGAACUUUGAUAUUGUGAAGUAUCUGUAUGAUUUCCUGUGAGCCUGCGGUGCGCAGAGAAGAGAUGACGCACAGUGACGAGUGGAUUUAAAUUUCUGAACAUCGUCCACCCACCCGUGCUUCCACACACUCACCAUCU